AUGCUGAAGUGGGCAUAUUCAGGUGUUGAUUUUAAUAUUCGAGAUAAUGGUGGCCCAGAGUGCUUUAGCUAUGCAUCAACAAAACAACGUUUAUAUGAAACAAUUAUUGUUCUUAUUUGGGUAGCAUUUGAAAUUCAUUAUGCAAUCUAUUAUGCACAUACUAAAUUCACAGAUCCCAAUGAUAAAUCAUUUCCAGCAGAAUCUUCUAAGGAAAGAAAACCAAGUGUACUUCGACGUAUCCUAUUAGUAGUAUAUGCUUGGCUAUGGGGUAUUGAAAUUGGUUUCAAGAUUGCUUCAAGACAAUUAAUUUGGAUACUUAAUCCCUGUCAUAUGGUUACAUUGAUACAGAUUAUUUUAUUAGCUUUAUCAUCCAACAAAAUAUCUCGUGGAUUGUAUAGACUACAUGUGGCCAUGAUUAGUGGAGGCUCACUCGCAAUAUAUUUUCCAUUAACAGCUACGAGAUUUUUUCCAUUUGAAGUUGAAAUUUAUUACAUUCAACAUAUUCUCAUACUUAUUGUUCCAAUAUUUCUUUUAACGUCACAUGGUGGUUAUAGUUUAGAACCUAUGAAAAGUUUUCGCUGGACUAUAUUGGCCAUUACAGCAUUUCGUGUUUAUCAUUUUCUUGUGUUACAACCGGUUUCACUUGUAACAUCGGUGAACUUAAAUGGUGUUCUUUGCCCAUUAGAAUUUGAUCCAUUUUAUAGUCAAUAUUAUCGUUUUUGGGCUAAUAUACAUCAAAGUGUUUUUAUGAUAUUACAUCAUAAACUCUAUUCAUUAAUCGCUAGAACUGUAUUAAGAUCAAAAGGCAUAUUUAAUAUACGAAAAUUUUUAUAUUCAUCUAGCAAAGACAUGUAAAAAACAGAAAAAGGUUUUUCUAGUAUUUUCCUUCAAAGGCAACACAUGACAGUUGUGAUAAUGACAAAUAAAUGUAAUAUUAGGGUAAUUCAUAAGAUGGAAUGAACAUCUUUCUAGUCAUUAUUUAUUUUUUUUAACCUAUAAUCAAAAUUAAUUCAAAUCUUUUUCACUUAAAUGAUUUGUGUACGUCAAAACAUCUAUUGUUUCAAUUCCUCUUUUACACUUUUUACAAUCAGACUUUUCCAUGUCAUUUUUUAUUUUUUAUUACUAUAUACCUCAUGGCAAUAUAAAAUAUACAGGAUUAUUUUUCGUUUUUUUACUACUUUCUUUAUUAUUGUAUACCUGUUUUUUUUUUAAAUCAAAAUAAGAAAAAAUCAAAUCUUAAUUAAAUUCAGUGAAUAAUUUCCUUAUGCAUGUACGCGUGAAUACCACUUUUUCGUAUUGUCUUUUUAUUCUUUUUUUUUUAUAAACAUUAAUACCAAUUCUUAAUAUUCAAAUAAAAAUUUUCACAAUCUUAGAUAGUAUCGAAUUUAAUCUUUUAAAUAUCAACUACUUCGCAGUGGGCAUUUUUUACUAGAGCAGGCGGACUUUAGCUUUAUGAGUGAACUAAAAUUUCAUGAACCAUUUUUUUAUAGGUUUUUUCAUGAUCCUCUUUCUAAUGGCAUGAGAGUUGGGUUUUGAAAAAGUUUUCUAAGGAGCUUUCCAGAGAUCCGGUCUGUGGAAAACCUUCAGAAAACUUUCUCAAUAUUUAAAAACAAUGCCACUGGAAAGAGCAUUGUCGAAAACCUAUAAGAAACAUGUUUCGAAUCGUUCAGGUUACUUUAUCUUGAAAUUCAAAUUUUCAGCACGAAAUUGUUUGUAUGAAUCUCAAAAACUAAGAAAUUUCUAGAAUUCAAAACCAAGCGACCCAAACUAGAUGAUUUAUACACCAUUCAACGCAGUUUUUCACGCUGAUUGCGAAUAUAGUAUUAUAUUUGAUCCAAAGUGCUUUUAUUCUGAAGAAAACGGCAAAAUACUCUGAGAUCCGUUUGGGUUUUGAAAAAUCCAUCAUUCGGCCUUCAAAAAUAUCUGAGAUUUUGUGAGAUCAGUAUAAGUAGAGUAUUGUCUGAGGAGCAUGUUGACAUAGUUAGAUGUUAUUUUCCAGUGGGGCUAACCGGGGCGUU